AUGGAAUGUGGGAAACCUGAACUGAGGACUGAGAUAGAUGGGAGUCUGUUUUGGGUGAAGGACCUUCUAUUGGUAGGUGGUGUCCAAUGGGAUACCAACUUGAUCAGAGCUCUAUUCAAUGUGAAAGAUGCCACUAAAAUAUUGCAGAUAAAAUCUUUGAAUCCUAGAGCAGCUGACCAUUGGAAAUGUUCUUUUCUGGUGAAAGGAAAUUUACAGACAAGAGGUCUGCCUGUAGAGAAAAUUUGCAGAGUUUGUGGUGAGGAUGUGGAAACCCAGGAACACACUUGUUCAUGUGCAGGAGAGCUAGGACUGUUUGGCAGAUAUCCCAAGUCCAAUGGAACAGAGUGCAUAAAGAUCAGCUGCGUUUUAAGUAAUGGUGGUGGAUUAGCACCAUGA